CACCUCAAAGGAACCUGGCCGCAGCCUUCCCGGAAGAACGUCAUCACUCUGCGCGAUCGAACGCUGCGAAGUGCGCAGCUACUUAGCUUGUGCUAGCUGCUACAGAGUAUAGAUUAGUAGUGUUCUCAAAGUUUAAGUUUUUGUUUCCUUUAAAAAGAUCCAACCAUGGCGAUGCAAGCAGCUAAACGUGCGAAUAUUCGUUUACCUCCAGAGGUGAACAGGAUAUUGUAUAUACGUAACCUUCCAUACAAGAUCACUGCAGAGGAGAUGUAUGACAUCUUUGGAAAGUAUGGCCCAAUUCGUCAAAUCAGAGUUGGGAACACGCCAGAGACGAGAGGAACAGCCUAUGUCGUAUAUGAAGAUAUCUUUGAUGCCAAAAAUGCCUGUGAUCACCUUUCUGGAUUCAACGUCUGCAACAGAUACUUAGUUGUAUUGUACUAUAAUGCAAACAGGGCUUUCCAAAAAAUGGACACAAAGAAAAAGGAGGAGCAGCUGAAGCUUCUCAAAGAGAAGUACGGGAUAAACACAGACCCACCGAAAUAGUCAUCAUACUUGUUCUAUUUCUGUUGUUGUUUUUCCCACCUUGCACCUAUCUCCUUUUCACUUUACCCCUUUAAGUGUAAUGAUUUUUUUUUUUUUUUUUAAUUUCCGUUCAACAGUGUUCAAUAGUUUUCCUGAAGUCUUGUUAUAUAUUGACUUAAUUUCUUUUUCUGUGAGUUCUGUUAAUAUUGAAUAAAAUGGCAUUUGUUCAUCAGCAUUUGUUUUAUUAAAUCUGUGAUUUCCUUUUUAAUAUAA